AUGAAGUCGACCGCGUUUACAGCCUUACUGGCUGCCACUUUGGCGGAAGGCCAUUACAUUUUCUCCCAACUGAUCGUAAAUGACAAAGCUGUCGGUCAGGACUACACCUACAUCCGAAAGAACAGCAAUACAUAUAUGCCGUCUUUCCCCAACGAGGUCAUCGAUUCUCCCGACCUAAGGUGCAACAAGGGUGCCAAGGCCGGCAGCACCCAGACCUACUCCGUCAACGCCGGCGACAAGAUCGGAUUCAAGCUCGCGUACAACGAGUUCAUCGAGCACCCCGGCCCGGGUUUCGUCUACAUGUCGAAGGCUCCCGAGUCUGGCGUCGCUUCGUACGACGGCUCGGGCGACUGGUUCAAGGUGUACGAGAUCGGUCUCUGCAACCCCAGCAGCCCGGGCAACGACGGUUCCUGGUGCACUUGGCAGAAGGACCGUAUCGAGUUCACGAUCCCCAAGGAGAUCCCCGCCGGCGAGUACCUCGUCCGUGUUGAGCACAUCGGCCUCCACGAGGCGUUCAAGGACCGCGCUCAGUUUUACAUGGAGUGCGCCCAGCUCAAGAUUGCCAGCGACGGAACUGGAACCCCUAGCCCCCUAGUCAAGAUUCCCGGUAUCUACAAGGCUGACGACCCCGGUAUCAAAUUCGACAAGUGGAACAGCCCCAAGGCCAACUCAUACGUCAUGCCCGGUCCUACUAUUUGGCAGCCAUAG